AUUGCACAAAGCUAAAUUCAUUCAAAAAACAUCCUUAUACAAUGUACAUAAAACCCAUUUUACUGCCACACUUAUAUUCCUUUCCCACCUUUUUAUAUUACACCAAUAAAAAUAAAUAUUAAAACUUAACAGUUUUAAUACAAUUGAAUUUCAGUCUUAUGUCCAAAACAUUACAAUAUACAGUUGCAUAAAUCUAUUUGAACUUUGAUGUUGGAAUUCGAAUAGCUCGUGCCGUGCGCAGGGGUGCGCUCGCGCCGUUUCCGACCCUAAGUUUUUUAAAAAGGGAACAUGAUCGCAGUUUUCAAAUGGCCGUUACAGCGAAUGCACGUUAAUGUUAAUUUCUCAUAAAUUAAUUUUUUUUUUUUAAAUAAUAAUAGUGUUAACUUUAUGUAUUAUAGUGUAUAGUGAUUAGUGUUUAAAACACGAAGUGAUUAUAAAAUUAUUCAUAAAAAACCAUGACCUGAACGGUCACGGUGAAUGAACACUGCAAGAACAGGAAUUAUGGUUUGAAGCACACUGUCGAAGAAUACGGGGGAAAUCUUACGCUUAAACGAUGGAAUCGCCUAAAAUCGUCUACAAAUAUUACUCGAAUCCAGCAUUCUGUGCGCAAAGCGAAGUUUUGUUCGCACAGAAAUCAUGUGUGACGAAAAUCGUGUCACCAAACAGGCAAAGAAUGCCACCACUGGGUGCUAAUUCACCUAGAAAACCUUCUGAACCAAAUAACAGAAUAGUGAGAACGGAUAUUUCUGAUAAUCCCUUGAGAAUGUCACCGGCGGGACGGAACAGAGACGAGCCUCCCGAAUUACCACCAAAACCGUUAAAAUUCCAACCCAGAAACUUCUAUAGACAAUCUUCUCUUGUAUAUAAACCUACACGUGCCACAGUGAGAUGUAGAACAAGAAGUGAGGACUUAGAAAUGGCAGAAUUCAGACAAAAGAGAAUAACAAAAUACGAUAGGAACGCCGAAAGUGACGAUGGAUUAGAAGAUAGUAGAUACAAACACAGGUAUGAAGUUAUUCCUGAUGACAUUGAUGAUUUAGUUGACUAUUCACCAACGAAAAAGCGCAUAGUCGAAGCAGACGUAACAGAAAUAGAAGAGUAUAAUGUCGAUGCACCUGAUGAUAACGAAUUGAAGGAGAUACCAACUGAAAUAGUUAAAACUGUUAAUGGGAAGACCCAUAGAUAUGCAAUUGUCCCGUCCGACGACGAGGAACCAGUUAGAAAGAGUAACGUCACGUUUUCAUCACCAAUGAUGUCAAGAAAGGAUCUGAUAGCUACACAGAAGCUCCACGAGUUGCUUUCUACGCCGAGGAAAUUAAAAAGCUACGCCAGUCAACCGUCAGUUAGAGUGACGCCUAAUAAGUCUUCUGAAAGCUCAAACAGAUAUGCGGGCACUCCGAAAAAGAUUGUCUCGAGCACACCAACAAAAGGGGUGACUCCUUCUAAAUCGUGCGCUAAUUUGGCGUCAAGAAGUUUAGCAACGUCGCCAAUUUCACCUAAAGCUCAGCAGAAGUUAAAUUAUGGGUUGGCGGAUGAAUUUAAUAGGUCAGAUGUUUUCGUUACGAGUUUUAGGGAGAAAAGUCACGACAGAAGUUUGGAUUUGGAUAGAAGAAAUUCUAGCAGGGAGAGUAGAAGAAUGAGAGAGCCGAAAAAGGAUAGAACCACUGCUGUUAUAAUGCCCAGGAUAGCGCCGGCGGCGUCGUCAGUGUACUCUGAUGACACAUACAAAUCAUACAACAAUCUGAAGACGGUCAACGCGGCUACCGCCUCGCUGACGAUUGCAGCAAUGAUGCUGACUCUAUGUGGUGGACUGACGACCGGCUUGAGCUUUUAUAUGAUGUACACUAUGGGUCGGCGUUAUUACCUGGACUUCGCUGUGCUGGCAGGGUUCACCUGCUUCCUGCUCGGUCUACUCGGGUUCAGGUCGAGACGGCAGCAGCUUCUGCCAAACAGGAAUUAUGUUUCGGGAUACAUAGUUCUUUCUUCUUUUUCCCUGCUCAGCGCGUUCGGACUACUCAUUCUUCUGACUGUCCAGCCGCAGCCAGGGUCUCCAGUCAACGAUAUCACAUCUGGCGCCGUCUGUGGAGUUAGCAUACUAUCUUUAGGUCUAGCCUCUGUUGGGGUACUGGCAUCAUAUUGCUGUGCCAGAGACCCGCCAGACAACAGGGUGGGGACAGCCACUUGGUACUAGUAUCAAGUAUUUAAGGACUUGCUCAGGUGAAGAACAAUACUCGAGGGUACUUUUAGUAUCACAUCUUUUCUGUAGCAAAAUAAAAUCUACGCUAAAAGUACCCUAAAGACUGUCCCUCUUCUGAGGAGGUCCUAAUUCUGUUAAUGUUAUGUCUAUUAUCAAUUGUAAAUUUACAUGAAAUUUGUAACCUCUGGCCUAUAUUGUGGUCUUGGAAUUGUAUUGUUGUGACUAUAAACAACAGAAUAGGCAUAAUCCUUUAUAUCAGGCACUGUCUGUAUCUAUACUAUCUCUAUGUCUAAUGUUUAUUGGGGUACUAACAUCGUAUUGCUAAGCCAGUACCCUAACAAGGCUACAUAUAGAAACAAUAUGCUGAUGCCACUGGACAGGCCCUUAGUACUUAUUUCUUUCACGUAUUACAAAUUUAAGGAUUUACUCAGACGAUGGAUACGGGGGUAUUUUCCGUAUCACGUAUUCUCUGUAGUAAAGUUCACCCUAAAAAAUCCCUAAAAACUGCCCCUUGUCUGUGCAAGUCCUUAUUAAGACUAUUAAUGGUCAAUUUUGUACCUGUUGUUAAUUUAUGUAUAGUGUUAAGAGUUAUGUAACUUUUUAAAUUAAUAAAGCUUUGUACCUCUAGAAUAAUAUGUUGGGCUCAGUUGUAUACAAUAAAUUACCUGUAUGUGUAACUAAUGCGGGGAGUAAAAAUUCAUUUAAAAUAAAGACUGGCUUGCCGAGAGAAGUUUCUAUAAUGAUGAGGAAUAUACGUAAAAUAUAAAUAAUAUUUAAUCUAAUUCUCAAGUUCAUGUAGUUAUGAUUUAAAGUGACUUUAUUAUUAUUGUUAUAAAUUAAUAUUACUUUUAAACAUUUUUGUUUAUAUAGAAUACUUGCUAUUUUCUCAAAUUUAUAAUUAAAUAAAAUAUGAUAAAGUAAUGUAAAUGUUAUAAUAUAAUACUGAACUAGUGAUAAAUAUAUAGAUAAUAUUUAUUGUUUCCUCCAAAAGAUUACAAUAGUAAACUUAUUAUAAAUAUAAACAAUUACAAGAAAUAAUCAUAACGAGAAAACAAUUGGCGACUUUAUCGCUAAAAGCGAUCUCUUCCAGGCAACCUUUGGAUGGAGAGGAGUAAUUAUAAACAGUUUGAUCAGAGGCACGACAAAAAUUCUAUUAUUCCUAAAUUUGGAGAUGUAAUACAUAUAAUAAUGUAAUUUUGUAAUGUAUAAAUAAAUUAUUUGUACCUGUUUACCUUUCUGUCAAGCACCAUCUGUGGCAUCUGCGUAAUAUCUAGCCACUAAUGGGAUACUGGCCUUGUAUUACUUUAUAAAAAAUAAAGAUUUGCCAAGAAGGUCUCGCUUAGCGCUAGUAAUACAGUUUAUUAAUUAUAUAUAAGAAAGUUAAGUUAGUAUGUUAAUUUUAUUUAAAGCGCAAUCGAAAUUGUUGAAUACGUUUUAAAUAAAAAAAAAAUACCCUCGAGGCUUCUCUCUCGAUUCGAGGUACAAUCCUCGACGGUACUUUUGUAUAGUUUAGAAUAAGAAAAAAAAUAAUUUAAAUAGUAUCUCAAAUAUCUAAUGUCUUCAUCUCUUAAUACAAACUAAACUAUUUAUAUAGAAUAGUAGUAAUCAAACAGCAUUUUUUGUCCACGCUAAAAGUACCCCAAUAAAUUUAUACGCUCUGUACCUACAGGGGCCUUAGAUAUUGGAAUUGUAAAAAUAUUUGUUAAUAUGUUUCUUAUUAUUUUUAAUAUUUUCAACUGAAAGGUAAUGGGGUCAAUUCCGAAACAUCAUAUCUUUAUAGAUAGAGUAGGGCGGGGCUAGUUGAGCAAUUUUUUACUUGAUCGGAUAUAGCUCCUCAAUGAUAAGUCUCAAUGAGUUGUUAUGCGGCUUGAUGGAUUAGUAAUUUAUCCCUUAGCAAAAGUGCUAAAAGUAAUUUUUGUAUAACAAGUCGAAUUUAAGAGCUACAGCUGUUUAAAUGCAGAAAGUCAAGUACGCUCAAUGUACCCCAUAGGUGAGGUAAGUUGAGCAAGGAUAUGGGGCAAGUUGAGCAUUAAGAAUGUCUAACCAAACCAUGGGUUCAAUGUUAACUAGAGAUGAAGUAAAAUAUGUGUUUGACAAUUAGCUCUUUAUUUAUAGUCUUUAAGUGACAGAACAACAAAACUUAUAGUAAUUUAUUAAUUAUUUUUUUUAUUUCGAUUGCCCAACUUGCCCCUAUGCUCAACUAGCACCUAACUACCUAUUCUAAAACACAAUUUAAUAUCAUAGCAAAUUCUGUAUUCAAAAGACCAAUAUAAACUAUAUUUCUAAUAGAUUUAAGUCAAUUUUUUAUUUCUAACGGUCCAUUAAACAAUAUUUGAACGAAAUUUACAAAUUAAAAAAUAUUAAGUCGAGAGAAAGCUUUAGAGAAGUGUCAGAAUUGACCCCAUUGUCUUCAGUAAAAGUAAGGACUUUUGUUUUUUAUUUAUUUGGCUUUGGAAAGAAGCUAAAAUGUAAAGAUUAAAAUAAUUCUGUGUCAGAUUAAAAUAAUUGUUCUUAAUCUGUGUUCCGUGCCCAGCCCAGGAUAUGGAAGAAGCUUCAAAUUUAAUGAGUAAAGAGAUUUCUUCAGGAUCGGCAACGUUGAUCGUUGCCAUAAUUAUUAAUAUAUUUAAUAUUAUUUUCCAUUGGGGAAGGGAUUGUUAGUAACGCAGACUAUUAGUCCCAUUGCUAGCAAUAUACCCUGUCAGGUGGACCUCUUCUUAGUCCCACUUAGAAACCAUCGUGCAACCAUCAUCACGAUGGGCUAACUGACCUGCUUCAUCCUCACCUAUCAUCCUUCACUGGUGUCCCGCCGGUGUAUACCGACGCGGGUGGGGUUACCAUUCCAUUAUCACCCAUAAAAAAAAACCCCACCCCCCACUCCUUUAAAUACGUCUAUGACCAUGUUAACCAUACAUAAGUAUAGACACAUGCAAAUGUUUUGCAUAAUUUAUAACUAUUCAGACAUUUCUGUGUUUUUGUAUUAAAACAACAAUAUUUUGUAUUGCUUUGUAAAUAUUUACCUAUGUAAAUUGUUGGCCAAGAAUAAAGUUUAAUAAAUAAAUAAUAAUAAUAAAUAUGUGUUUAU